AUGUGGACACAAAAUGCUACAGAUAGUAUUCCAGCAAUGUAUGUCCGUAGUCCUUGUUUCAGUCUCUUUGUUGAUAUCAGCAAUACUCUUCAUUGUUCUCUUCAAUCUCUUCAUCAAGUCAUCAAAAUAUCACUAAACAGUAUUUCAAAUGUGACAACAAUUGCUGCAGGCAAUGGAUCUGCUGGAUCAGCAUCAAAUAUGCUUUCUAGUCCUCAAGGAAUCUUUGUUGAUACUAAACUCAACUUGUAUGUAGCAGAUUGUGUCAACAACAGAAUUCAAUGUUUUCAAGUCAGAGAAUUAAAUGGAAAAACAGUAGCUGGAAAUGGAGCACCAUCAACAAUUACACUUUCGUGUCCAAGUGGAAUCGUGCUUGAUGGUGAUGGUAAUCUAUUCAUUGUAGAUAAAGAUAAUCAUCGUAUAAUUGGAUCUGGAGAAAAUGGCUUUCGAUGUGUAGUUGGGUGUUAUGGAAAAGGUUCAGCACCCAAUCAAUUAUCAAAGCCAACGUCUCUUAGUUUCGAUAGUUACGGAAAUAUAUUUGUCACGGAUCGUGGAAACAGUCGAAUUCAAAAGUUUUUUUUAGCAAUAUAUUCCUGUGGUAAGUACAAAGAUAUGUAGUAAAGUCCAAAAAAAAAGUAAACAAAAACUAAGUUGAGAAAAAUGAAUUGUUAUAAUUUGUUAAAUUGAAAAGAAAGUUUCAUUUAAAGAAAUAGCUUUUAAUUUGAAUAUAAUUUGAUAUUCAUAAUAAAAAAGUGCUAGAAAACAAGUUGAAAAAUAUUUUUGUAUAGAGUGAUGAGUAAGAUAAGUUAGUUUGAUAAAAUUGAGAAUGAAUAAAAAGAAUAUUCUGAUCGAAAAUGUGUAUAAUUUUUAUUUAUUUAUUUUUUGGUUAAAAUCUUUUAUUUUUCUCAUUUUGAACGAUGAUCAGAAAAAAUAAGAAACUAAAAACACUGAAAUUGCAAAAGAAAACAAGACGUCCAUAUCAUUCGUAUGUAUCAACAAAGGGACAGAGAAAAAAAUGUAUUUAUAUAUACUGACAUCACAUGAUGAUAUAAACAGAUGAAAGAAAGAUGGUCAGACACUUUUAUAAUUUGACCAAAAGAAAGGUCAUGACACCGAAUAUUCUGCGGAAUCUCUAGAAAUUUCGGAAUUAGUUAUUCGAGCACAAAGUAAUCAAACAUAGCGACUAGAGUAUAUGAAAGAUUUCGAUAUAGGAUUUUGAAAAUCAGAUCGAUUAUGAAUCACCUGAAAUGUUAUAGACUUUCAUGGGAUUGAGAAACUAGAUAUGGUGUGAUCAAUUGAUUUAGUUGUAUGUUAUACAAGAUGAGUAUUUUUCCAACACGAAAUUGAAUACUAUGUGCAAGAAAAGAUUAGAUAUGACUGCUAAACAUUUUAAUUCAUACCUUGACAUAAUAGUUUCAUCAAAUUUGAUACUAGAGAUGGUACAUAAUGAUAAUUCUGGAAUGUGUCUAGAAACGAUAUUUUGUAAUAAAUUUAGUCAAUGAAGUGAAAGGAAUAAACAGUUUUCCGCUUUUGUCUUACUUUCCAUCUUUGAAAGUGUUCAGUCUCGAUCUUAUAGUCUUUUUUUGUGCUCAUUAUUAAUUGUGUGGUGAGGUAAGAAGCCUUCUGUUCUUCCUUGAUAGUCUUCUUAGUAAUGCAGAGG